AUGCCGCAACUCGCUUUUUGUGUGGCAGCAGUCCUGCUCCGAUGUGCUGCAGGUACUACCGUCGAGCUCACGUUUCCGACCGAGGCUCAGGCGGCAGAUGGAUGGCACACGCUGACGUUGGCACAAAAUGGGCUGGUGGACUUCGCAGGCGGGGCGUACGGGUUCAAAACGAGGACUUACACGGAGGGCUACACGUUCCGCAUGAAACCUGGCGAGACUCUCCAGGUGACCGUGGUCAACAAUUUAUCCAGCGCGAACAGUGUUGGUUGCGAUGUAACGGGGACUGAGUUUUGCAAAGCCGCUACGACGAACUUCCACACGCAUGGCUUGCACGUGUCUUCCAAGGGCUCGGACGAGCUGACGUACGCGAGUGACGAUGUGUUUGCUUCGAUCAGCCCUGGCAGCUCGAAGCAAUACGAGUUCAGCAUCCCGGACUACCACAUGGGCGGCACGCAUUGGUACCACCCGCACCUCCACCACGCCACCUCUCUUCAGGCUGGCGGUGGCGCAGCUGGUGUGCUCAUCGUGGACGACCCCGCGGGCUAUUUGCCGGAGGUGUAUAGCAACAUGGUCGAGAAAGUAUUGUUCAUCAGCAGCCAUAACUUGGUCACGCUGCAGGAUAUCGCCAUAGACGCGCAGUCCACCGUCCUGGAAACGGCGGCGACCGACGCGGAUGCUGUUGGUCUCGACACGAAUGUCUUCCUUGUGAACGGCCAGCUCGGGCGGACCAUGACCAUCGACUCUCACGUGUGGCACCGCUUGCGCAUGAUAUACGCAGCUGUGGAGCAGACUCUCACGGUGACAGUGGAAGGAGACGCCACUUGUGACUUGCAGCUGCUUGCCAAGGACGGCAUCUAUCUUAACGAAAUCCCGAGAGCGAUUAAUACAAUAUACCUCUAUCCUGGUUCUCGGGCGGACGUUGCCAUGUCCUGCGCAUGCACUACGUAUCCUUGCACCGCAGAGGUGCGAUCCCAAGCUGCGCGCAGGCUUCAGCCACCGCCACCCCCACCAGGGGGGGGUCAGGGCCAAGGUGGCCAAGGUCCCGGUAAUAUUGGUAUGGACGUGGCAGAUGUUGUCCUUCUCACGGUCUCCGUCACGGAAACGGUUGGCGGUGCGGUUGAGACGUUGCAGACCACCACAUUGGACCGCCCGUGCUACCUUGCUGACUUACGGCAGGCCACAAUUCCGAGUGGGCAAUCGGGUGCCUUGGCUUUCAAUCUUGGUGCUAUGUCUGUGACUUGGGACGGGACUGGCGACAGCAUGAACUACGCGAACACUGAAUCUGCGGGGGGAAUGGCAUCGUGGACAGCACUGACGAGCUUUACAACAGGUACCGUUUACGAGAUAGCAGUAAAUGGGGUAGGCAACCACCCGCUGCACUCCCACGUGAACUCGUUCCAGAUCCAAGACAUGGAUGGAUCGGACUCACUCGACGACGGCUACUUCCAAGCUGGUGAUUGGCACGACACGCUCUUCAUCGGCAGCCUAGGGGGAGGGGCCAACGUGGACGUGACCGUCCGGAUGAACACCGAUGUCUUCACUGGUAAAAUGGUGAUCCACUGUCACAUCCUCGCGCACGAGGACCAAGGGAUGAUGGGCUACAUCUUGCUCACCGGCACGGAGGGCGCCGUCUUCUCGGAUGCGAAGGCGACCCUCGACCCGGGCUGCUACGACGCCGCCUUCGGCGGCCCCCCGACGCCCGCGCCGCCCCCGACUCCCGCGCCGCCCACGCUGCCCCCGACCCCCAUGCCGCCCACGCUGGCACCCCCAUCACCCAUGCCGCCCACGCUGGCACCGACGCCCAUGCCGCCCACGCUGGCACCGACGCCCAUGCCGCCCACGCCCGCGCCGACGCCCGCCGCCGCAUCCCUGGCGUGCCGGCGGCGCGGGCCACCUGCGGCGGCGCUGGCGGCGGCGCUGGCGGCGGCGCUGGCGGCGGCGGCUGCUGCGUGA